UUAUCAACUUCUAAUUAGAAAGAAAGUUGAGCCCAUGGUGCUGCACAGAGAAAUUCACACUGCAAUUCUCACUGGCUGCACCCUGCUGCACCACACACAGCCCUGGGACAGCAAGGGAGGUGAAGUGACUAACCUACCUGGCCAGCAGAGUCACCCACCAAUGUCCCCAUCAGUCUGUUGACACUGAGAGCUUCCCUGACACUGUGCAGAGGGAGGCAGCUGGAAGCUAGCUAGCAUGCAGCACUGGCCCGGUGUUUCCAGGAGGCGGCGCUGCUGAGAGGCGAGUCGUCUGUGCUGAGUGUGUGUGUGCCGAACCGGCCAUGGAUGACUUCACCACCAGGACGUACGGCACCAGCGGCCAGGACAACAGACCUCUGUUCGGGGAGACCUCGGCACGGGAUCGAAUCAUCAACCUGGCAGUGGGGGGAUUUACGUCUUUGGUUGUUUUAGUCACUGUUAUCAGUUCAUUUGUGUUCCCCUCGUUGCCUCCACGACCGCUUAAUGUCUUCUUUGCCGUGUGCAUCCUGUUAGCCUGUGGAUCCACUAUAGUGCUGAUAUUCUGGUACCGGCAGGGCGAUCUGGAGCCUAAAUUUAGGAAUCUGAUCUACUACAUGCUGGUGUCCAUCGUGCUGCUGUGUCUAUGUGCCAACCUCUACUUCCACAAUGUCAGGUAAAGACAGGGACGAGGAAGAAGAGGAGGAGGAAGAAGAAGGGAAGACAUGGCCUUGACACGUGGAAGGACUAUAUGGAGAGACAGACGGACCAACAUGCAACAAAAACAAACUCAUCACACAUUAUUUUGAAUGAAUUUCCCACCUGAGCUGCAGCAAACUGAAGAUUCUUGGACCAAAACCAGUGAGGCUUAAUGGUUCCGGUGGGAUGAAAACUGUCAGACCUGUUGGUGCUGAAACAUAAUGCACUGCACACACACACACACACACAACGUCACAGUGUAGAAAUCAUACAUCUGCCUGGAGACACAAUGCUGGAGGAUGAACUUUGAGUUGAAACGGGUGUGUUUACAUGCCCAUAAACAUCAUUAUUUACAGUCAUAUCCUCUUCUCAACAACAAGCACUUAAACAUGUGACAGAAUACAACAGGUUGGAUGUGAUGAUGCAACAGUUAAAGGAAAAAUCUGCCCUUUGAUCCUGUUACUGCAGGUUCGAUCUCGUCUUUUUGGUGUCUUUUUACAUAUUGUUAUAUAUAAACAUCUUAAUCAUGCCGCGUAAUCAAGACACGAGCUGUGUCUCAUUUCAAGCGACUUCGAAGUUUUUCCAAGACCAAAUUUGUGAUGACGACUUCACAAUCAUUCAACAAAACGCUCCUCCAGACUCCAACCGGUAAAUCUCCAAAUCUGCUGCCUGCUUGUUUAAUGGUGCAUUCAGGGUCAGAAAAUAUAACCACAAUCGAUCACAUGAACUGACCAAUGAAGAAGGCACUGCAGGGUGUAAAUAAUGGAAGCUAGACAUGUGAAAUGUCCCAAUUCAGUACUACAUACAAAUACUACAGAGUUUGUACUACCAACUGUCAUAGUAUACUGUUUUUCAGUUGGUAUACGAGAACUCUAACUAAAUUUUUUUUUUCAAAGAUUUAAUACUUUUUUAUUUGGGGUUUUCAGAAUCUUCCUGGAGCUUCUUCUUGAUCACCAUCUGCAAUUUAAAAUGUUUUCCAGCUGUGAGCAUCGCCUUCUUUGUGCAGUUUGUUCUUGUUUGUUCUGCAACCAACAGUAACUUAUAUUAUUGAUUCAUUUUGUAGCUUUUUUCUUCUUUUUUUUUUGUUUGAUUAUUCGAAUAAUCAUCUAGUCAAUAAAAUGUCAGAAAAUAGUAAAAAGUGUCCAAGACCAAGGUGGCAUCUUGAAAUGUCUUGUUUUGUCUCAUCAUCAGUCCAGAAGCAGAAAAUCAUCACAUUCGAUUAGCUGGAACCAGAGAAUGAUUUGGAGUUUUUGCUUGCUAAUUGACUGAAACGAUUAAUUAACUAUUAAAAUAGUUGACUAAUUGAUUGAUCGACGAAUCGUUUCAGUUCUGCGACUAAUUCUGACCAAAAAAUAAAGUAAAAUCAGAUGAAAGGUUUGUGUUCAAAAUAUGUUUAUCGCUGGUAUUUAGACAUAUUUCAGGCAUCAGAAGUGGAGCUUCUUGGUGAUAAACCGGGACAUUUCUUGACUUUGAGUUGACAGAGACCCCUGAAUGCACCAUUAGAUUUGCUCUCUGUGUGGCUGAGUGUGUGAAAUCACUAUGAUGCUAUGGUGACUCCUCCGUACACCCUCUGAUUUGGGGAGGAGGUGCCCACUAGCCUUCAGUCCUCCCAAAAACCACAUCUACAGCUGUGAAUUCUUGACCUCUCGCUCUUUGAAUCUGACUGACUCACUUCAUAACUGACAAUUGUUUUUAUAUUUCUGAAAACACUUUAUGCUAUCAAACUGAACUUGUAGCUGCUGGACGUAUCGCUGAGUGAGUUCCUACGUCGCCAACUAUUGUUUUUAACUGUUGAGGUUUUAACAGGGUGGGUUUUUCCUUUAACCAGGAUGGAGAUUGUGAGCAUGUAAACACACUGAGUGAAGCAGAAGGCGGAGUGAUGGACCCUCCUCUUCCCUUCAGUACUGUAGACUGUAGUACAAACUAGCUAACGCAACAAUAGCACAAGCAGCUUCAGGGUUCUGUGGCGAAUAUAUGCAACUGUUUAUAUGUUUAUUUUCCCUUUCUGUCACAGCUUCUUUUCUGCUCUUUCAGUUUAUCUGAUUAUCAUGGUUGGAUUUAAUUAACUUUCCAAAUCAAGUCUUGCUGAGAGGAUUUGUGGGGUUUUUUUGGGGUUUUUUUUAAUUAGAAACUCAUUUAAAUGCUGAAUUACACUGACUGCCAAUUCUUGCACUAAGCAUUGGUUGAUGUACACUUUUGUCUAAGCACACACACACACACACACACACACACACACUCAGGCCAGCUGUAGCACCAAUGAAAAUGAAUGGGAACAUUCCACGUGGCUUUACACUGAAGCUGCACAGCACAACAGAUCUUUACAUGGAUCUGUACAAGUUUCUAUAUCACAUUGAUGUGUCUGCCAUCUAGAUUUUGCACUAAUAAUUCUGCCAUUUACAAAUCUGAGCUGGGCUUUUCCAGUGUAGCACGAAGUAGCUUUAAGUUUGAUUUCCCUGUUUGUUUUUACAUCAAGAAUGAGAAUCCUUUGGUAUUUUAGGUCUGUUUAGCUCAGCGCAUUCACUGUGUUAAAACAGGUUUGGUUUGGAUGUUGCAGGUGAGAAAAACACUGUGGUUUACAGACUGUCUAUGUAGCAGCUUUAGUGACCCUCAACAUGCAAGUAAAAAAGAAAAGAAAAGAAAAAGGAAAGAUGGACUUUGUUUCCAAAUGCACCUUUGCAUCAAAGUCUAUUGGACAAAGUUACUUUUUAAGAUGGAAUUGAGCAAUUUUUAAGUCAGCAAAUUGCAAGUAAUGAUUAUUUUCAUUAUCAAUUAAUCUUACUAAUGAAAAAGUCAGUUUCCCAAAGCCCAAUGGUAGGUUUUCAAAUUGUUUUGUCCUACCAAAAGUCCAAAACCCAAAUAAAACCAGCAAAUAUUAACAUUUGAGAAGCUGUCAAUUUUUUUUGACAUUCUUGCUUUAAAAAAUGGCUUAAUUGAUUAGCGAUUAAUCUUCUUUCAGUUGACUAAAUCGACUAAUCGUUUCAGCUCUACAGCCAAGAAUGAAUUACGAAGUAGGGUCAGUCAUAUUCCUCCUCAGUCAUUAAGACCCUGUAGAUUCACACCCACUGCCAAAAUCUAAUUCUGGUGUCAGGUUUGGUCACAGGAAGUUAGAUCUGAAAGGAAGAGGCUGGCAUUUUUCUAUAUGUUUCUUACUGUCAACAAAUCCCUGAAAAGACAAAAACCACCAAUGUGUUAGUGCGUCUCUCAAUACUUUGACUUCCUGUCUGUGGCUCUCAGCUCCAAGGAAAUAAUGCAUCUGUUGGGGACUAUUUGCAGCGGCGGAUGAAUCCACAUGUGCUCUAGUGAGUGUUUGGGGCAGCAGGACGGUGUGUGUGGGACUGAGUCAGAAUAAACUACAGUGUGUGUGUUCAUGGUGAUGAAGGAACACGUCACCCAGAGCAACAGUGAGGCUCACUGUGUUUUUAAUAGUUUUUGGACGACAAAGGAGCUCUACGGCACAGAGGAAGAAGAUACAUCAGGAUGUGAUACACACACAGUAUUUGUUAGUAGGAUUUAUUUUUAGUUUUGUUCUUUCCAUGGGAUUUGUUGACAGUAAAAAAAUAUAAUCCUUUAAGCUUGUCUCAUCCGUUUAAUAUAAAACACCAGGCUGCUCUGUGUGACGUCACCUGACAUGAUUUCUGGGUGUUGAAGCAGGAUGACGUCAAACUUAACUCGCUGCAGACGUCUAAAAGUUGCCUCGUGUAGCUUAAAUCCUCCUGUAGCAUUUGUUUCCUUGUUGUGCAGCUGUUUCUUUGUUUACAGAUGAUCUGUAAUAAAGCUUUGAGUGACAUCGGUGAACAUGUAAGUGACAACACAGUGACAAAGAGCUUAGUGCUAAAGAACCUGAGGCAGAAACGAGCCCCGCCUCCCACCAGAGGAGUCAACCUCGCCAAGACUGUCAAAGCCAUGCGUUUCUUUAUUUAUUUAUUUCAUUUAUUUUAUGGAAUAAAUAAUGGUGUAUCCUGACUGCCUCUUUGCUUUCCCCCCCCCACUGGGUGACGCAGGUUUACAGCAACAAAUGGAACCAGAAAAAACAAAGACUUUAAGUUUGCUUUGGAUGGAAGCCCAUUUGCACCAUUUAUGUGAAAAAACACGUGCAAGUGUUUUUUUCUUCAUAAUUAUGAGAAAGUUACCAUCAAUUACUACUUAGUAUCUCAUAACUGAAACUUUUUAGGUAAAUCAGGUUUUUAAUUUAGGUUUUAUCUCAUGAGAAACUUUCAUAAUGAGAUACUCAGGUUGUUUUCUAACUUAUAGUUUGUUUGCGCUGGUCUGAAUAAGUGGACGCAGGUUUGAGAACACCCCGAGUCAUAAUUAUGAGAAAAAACAACAACAAUGAAAACAAGUGGCAGUUAUGGCCUUCAUACUACCACACAACCUUGUAAUGAUUUAAAAGGAAGCAAAAAACAAAUUGAAAUAGUUUUUUAAUCACAUGAUUCAUGACAAAAGGGGACUAACUCAAUUUGCUGUUUAGAAUUUUAUCUUCAUGUUUUUGCGGCACAAAUGUUCACAUGAUUAUACUUAAAAAUGGAGUUUUAAGGGGGUCAGGACACAUUUUGGCCUGAAGAAAACUCAAGAGGAUCCAAAAUGACAUCCAUCACAGCCUUUAGAGUAGGUUUAAAAAAAAUUUUCACAUCCCGGUUUAAAACAGGAGAGGAGUCUUUUUUUAAAGCAGAAUUGCCCGGGGAAAGAGAGGAAGACUGUAAGAGACAGGCUCAUGAACCUGUUUGUCUGUUUCUGGCUCAUGAGAAAGACAGAAAUUGCACCUAAUCCUCCUCCUCUUAGUUACACAACAUCCUGUUGUCUUAACCACUACUUUUUCACUUGUUUCUCAGUCGGUUAACAGUGUGGUCAGAAAACACUGGCAUAUUCUGUCUAGUGAACCAGCUGUUGGCUGAGAGUUUGUUAACAAGAUAAAAAAAACAAAAGAAAACAGAAUAUGUGGUCACUUUUCGACAGGUGAGGUUGAGACAGAGAUGCACUUCCUCCUGCAAUGUACAACAUCCAAUGAAAUAAGGAACGUUUACUUUAACAAGUUCAACUCUGUAAUCUCAGAUUUCAAAGAGCUAAAAGCUCUCAAAAUUAAAAAUACUCAGAGGAGACAAGGCAGAUCUUGCUGCCUGAUAUGUAUCAACAUUGCAGUGUUUAUAUAGCCUAGUUUUCACUUAUUUGUAUUUUUUAACUGCAAGUCUCCACUUUGUAUUAUUAUCUUACUUAGGCCUACCUGUAUAUAUUUUAAUAGCACAUUUCUUCUGUUUAUGUAUAUGUUUUUAUUUCACACUUGCUUUGGCAAUGUUAACGUCUGUUUCCCGUGCCAAUAAAGUCCCAUUGAAUUGAAUUGUUAAGCCUCCCAUAUUCGCCACUAAGCGAUCGAGUAAUUUGAGGGACAGGCUCGUGAAGACGGAUCUCUUUGUCAGCCCUACACGUUUUAAGCGCUCUUUCCCCGGGCAGUUGUAAAUGCCAUGAUUAAAAAGGGGACAGUUUGAGGCUCAUGUAGGACCAGACAUGUGGUCUACCUGUUGAAGUGUGGAUUGUGCUAUGUGGGCAAGACAAUAAGGGAUUUAAGAGUAAAGAGUUCUGAGCAACAAGAGUAGCAUCAGAAAUAGGGAUGAGAGGUCUCCUGUAGCCAGACGCUUGAAUUCUGCAGGUCAUGGAGUUUGUAUGCUGCGUUCACGGGAUUUGAAGUUGUUGGCCACUGAGGAGAUAUGGAGAGGCCUACUGGAUACUGACUGAGGGCUUAAAUGAUGCACUGCUGUAGUCUUGUUUUCAUGAAUGCAGAUUGAUAUUAUUGAGAUACUCUGUGUGUGUGUAUAUAUCUCCUUCCUAUGUAGGUCAUGCACAUGACUGGUUCACAUAUGGACGUACAUGUCAUUUCUUGUUAGUGUGUAAAUUAACGGGUCUCUCGUCUGGUUGUUGCAACAAUAAUGUGCGAUAUACAGUAUUUCCCCUUAUGACUUAAACAAUUUUUACUAUUUUCCUCACUACUAUUUGUCUAUUGACGAUAUGUUGAUUGAUGUAUAUUUGUAUUCUCUAUGAAGGCUCUGCACAUUGGAUAUAUAAUAUUGGAUAUUUCCUAUUUUUGACUUAGAUUUUCUUACUAGGAUUUGGUUUUCGAUGAUGUUUUGAUGAUUUGUGUCAGCUGGUGGUUAAUCAUGCACCAUUUAAAAGUAUUAUUUACUAUUUGCGAGUGCUGAUUUCAUAUGCCAUUUUGUGAUUUUUGGGUCAGCACCCAUCAUACUUUUAAAAGACAGUGGGAGUUGAGCACGACCGUUUCUUUUUUUUUGUGUUUUUUUUUAAUAUAAUUAGGUUAAAGUUAGUCUUUGAAAACCAUGUUAAGCAGAAAACCGUCCAGAAAAUGUUUGAUGACCAGUGUUUUAUUAGUUCAUUUAUUUGGCAUUUUAAAGUUAUUUCAACUGCAUUCAUCAAAAUAUUUGCAUAAAACUCCACAGUUCUGCUUUUAUAAAAAUCAAAAGCAUCUAACGUGUAACUGAAAUUAAAAAAAAUGAGUCACACAGUAAAAUUCAGUUAGCUGCAAAAAGCCUGUUAGAUUACAACUCAGCACAGGCAAACUUAACACAAUUUACAUAAACUGAAGUCAAUAUUAUCCAACAGUAAAGAGCUGACGAAAGGAAAAACUGAGUUAAUAAGAGUUGCUCUUCAUGGUCCUCCAGAGGGCAGCAGAGUCAUAAAUGUCUCUUUUUCCUGCAGAUGCUCAACUUGUUCUGUGUUGUAAUGUGAUGAAAAGUAGGAUGUGAAUUCAUUAUUAAAUCGGUAUCAGACUUAAAAAAAAAAAAAA